CCAUUAUUCAUGAAAUGUUUGGACAUUUUCGCUGCCCCUAGCGUUGCGUUAUCACCGCCAGCUUUGGUGCUUAGGUCGGUAGAUGAUAGGGCAGCGGCGAGUCAGUUUCUAACGAGUAGUUCGCUAACGCGUCUUCCGCCAUGUUUACGCUAUCCGCUGCCUCGCGUCAUCAUCUGCAAAAUCAAAAUCAGUUUCUUUCGCUUAUUUCGGUCCAUGAAGAUCGGAUUCGGACAGGUAGGGGGUUCGAAUCCUCGACCCAGGUUCUCGCUGCCGCUUCGCCGCUGUCGCACUCCGCCUUUCGCACAGCCGUCGCAUUCGCAUCGUGCGACGUCUCGUCGCAGACCAAGCGGCAACAGAGCGCUCUAACGGCACGGGACGAGGCAGGGGCAUGGAUCAACCCGCGGAGGGAGCGGAGUGAGCGGAGGACUUUGCGCUGCUCCGCGGAAGGAACUGCGGAUAGGGGGAAAAGCGGGGCGGCGGAGAACGACCAUGGGGAAGUGAGGAUGCGCGUAGAGGGGACGCGGGGGGAGAUAGACGGGGCGGCGCAGAUAGGGGAGGAUGAGCGGGGGGAGGGCGAGGGGAACGGGGGAGGAGAAACCGAAGAUUUUGAGAGGAAUGCGGGUGGGGAGGAGAGAAGUGAAGCCAUUGGGGGGAGCGCGGAGGGACUUGGGGGGAGGAAGCGGAAGCGGAAGAUGAAAGUACUGGUGUGCGCAGGUGACGUGAUGGGGGACGACCAUGCGGCUAGACUGGUGGCAGCACUGCUGGGGAGAGAGAAGGGGGAGAAGGGAGAGAGGGGAGAGGAGUGGAAAGGGGGAGAGCAGGAGGAGAAGGAAGAGGAGGAGGAGUGGGAGGUAUAUGCAGUUGCAGGGCCAAGAAGCGAAGCAGCGGGUGCUACCCUCUUAGGCAGCAACCACGGCAUGUCGUCCAUCGGGCUGUUCGAGGCCCUUCGCUUUGUGCCGCGCUCGCUGCUGCUCCUCGCUGCCGCCAAGCGCUUUGUGCGGCACCACAAGCCACACGCCGUGGUGCUAGUAGACUACCCUGGCUUCAACAUACCCCUCGCCAAUUAUGUUCUUAAGAACCAUGCUGCCACCACGCGGGUCGUCUACUACAUCCCCCCAAACGAGUGGCUCUUCUCGGCGUCCUCCUCUCCGCGCAUUGCCUCGGUUGCUGCCUGCCACGUGGUCAUCGCCACUUACCCCGAUGAGGCUGAGUUCUUCUCUUCAGUAGGAGCCACGGUGCGGCUAUUUGGCCACCCUCUAGUGGACACUGUCACCCAUGCACCAAGCAGAGAGCAGGCCCGCACCCAGCUAGCCAUCCCUGCAACUGCCAAAGUGGUGGCGCUGCUGCCGGCUUCUCGCCCGCAGGAAACAUCCUUCAUCCUCCCCACUGUGCUCUCCGCUGCUGUGCUGCUCAACCAACAAAUGCAUGAUACUGAGGACGGGCCGCCCCUCUUUCUCCUGCCCCUGGCAGACGAGUCCCUGAGAGCUCCAGUGCAGGAGCAGCUUCGGGCAUUUGGCAUGCACACAUGCUGUAGAGUGCUGGAGCCGCACCAGAGCCUGCAAGCCAUGGCAGCAGCUGAUGCUGCUGUCACCAAGUCCGGCAGUGUGACUCUCCAGCUCGCCCUGCUCAAGGUGCCUCAAGUCGUGCUCUAUCGUCUCUCCCCUGCCACCGCUCUCCUUGCUCGCCUGCUCGUUCGCUUCCGCCACCCGUUCUACUCCCUUGUGAAUCUCGUGCUGCUGCAACCGCUUGUUCCCGAGUUUAUUCAAGAGGAGGCGACGCCAGAAGCGAUAGCUGGCGCGACUAAGCAGCUUCUUGUGAGCGAGUCCGCUCGGUCACUGCAGCUGGUAGGCUAUGAAAAGCUUCCGACUCUUCUUGGAACGGCUGAUGUUUCUCUGCGAGUGGCACAAUGCAUCAAAGAACAAGCCAGACAAGGCAACACGUGAAACUGAGUCUAUUUUUUAGGCGCCUAAAAAAUGGACUCCUCACGCAGGAACAAGACAGACAAGGCAACAGGCGAUUUUUCUUCAUUUGGUAGUAAAUAGUGGCGUUCAUGUUCUCUCGUACUUUGUGCAUUGCCUGGGCUUUUUGCUUUAUCGUGGAAUGAUUACAACACUAUGGGUAGCGAGCUGGUGCUCUCUUGCUAGUAAGACUUUCUAUAACGAGUAC